AUGAAAAGAAAUGAAAGCACUCCUAAACAAAUCACUUAACAGCUAAAUGAUGCUUUUUGGCAAAAGUACAUCCUGUCCAUGUGCCAAAGGCAGUUUUUAUGGUUUUGAUAUUCAUAACACUAUCAACUGUAAUAAUUUAUCCACAGAUUUACAACUCAAGUUUCUAUAUUUAGGUAAUGGCAAACGAAGAACAAAGUAAUUGUUUAAGUUCUUCAAUGGAAGUGAUUAUUUGCAGAUCAUAAAAUAUUUGUUAGCAAGUGAAAAAUGGUGAAAAACAAUAAAUCUAAAUUUAAGAGUGUGUUCUUCAUUAGUUGAAAACCAUAAUUCAUGUGUGCAAUGAGCCUAGAUGAACGAAAGACAAUCACAUGACGCUUAAUCUCUUUGAUGGCACGUUUCUGACAGAUAAUAUACAUGGGCAGAUCUUCAUCAGUACAAGGAUUUACUAGCAAAGAGAUAACUACUGACGAAAGUAAAUACACAUAUUGGACAAUAAAAUCAUCAACUUAAAGCUUGUUGUCAGUGACUAACUGUAUAAAUAGGCUUCUCAUAAUCUGGUGUUGAUUUCAAAAUGAUGGCCCUAUAGGCAGGGUGACAUACUAUUUAAUGGUCACGCUGUGGUCUCUCCCUGGAUUUUAUUACAAUAACAACAUAUCUUGUUCCCAAAUGAUAUUCUGAUGAAAAGGAAAAAAGGGUAAGCAGGUUAAGUUCAAACGCCAGACUACAAGAAACCACUGGACUCCAAGACACGAAAGCCACUGCAGCAAUGCAAGAGAACACAGAUUGCCAGUAUAGACAGAUCAAACAUUUGUUUGUGCUGCUUAACAUGGCCUUCUACAAGGGUCCGAUACUCUAAAGCUAAAACGAAACCAAGUGACAACAAAGUGUUAAGCAAAAGCUUAUAAAAUCUGUAAACAAAUAAACAAGAGAAUGGGGUUUGAAGGUCAUCCGUACAUAUUGCGGAAAGAUUCACAAGAUGACAAUUUGACCCCAGCUAAGACAUUUCUGGUUGUCUUCAUGGCAGUGAUCAAUGUGUUCAUGUUCUUGGGAAACCUUCUCUCAAUUGUGACGAUAUGUUCAACUCCGAAACUCCGGCGGCAGGUGUCCUAUUGGUUUGUGAUGAACCUCGCCAUCAUCGACUUCAUAAUCUCCAUUACAGUCGUGCCAUUAAACACAAUCUGGGAAUAUUAUGGCACCUGGCCAUUCAGUAGAAUUACAUGUGAGUUCUUCACAUUCGCAGACAUUGCCUUCAGUACAAUAUCAGCAUACUCCAUAGUGCUAGUCUCAUUAGAUAAAUACAUCUUCAUUACCUAUUCGAUACAUUACUUUGAAAAAAUGACCCGGAAAAUUGCUGUGAUACUUAUUGUUGGUGUUUGGGUAUUUGUGUUUAUAUUUUCAAUAAUAUCCCUCCUAACGGAAGUGGGAACGGAUGAAAACUUCAAGGACCACUUCCUCCUUACGGACAAUGACUCGAGUACAUGUAUCUUUGUGAUGACAGACAUGUAUGUGAUACCAUCAGCAAUCAUCAGCUUCUUCAUUCCUUUCAUCAUUCUCUGUUUUACCAGUUCAAGAAUAGUGUGCAUAGCCAGUCGACAUAUCCGCAAAAUACAUUCCGUGCCUCAGACAUUCACUAUCAGUUCAGAUACAGACUCUGAUGGGGUAAAAAUAUUUCUGACCAAAACAAAACCACCAAAUGUAGUAUUGACUGCUAUUUCACCUCUAGCACAUCCCGAAGAACACGUACGUGCACAACCUGAACAAGAAGAUGAUGCUAACCACACCCACAUUGAUCAUAUCAGGAUACAAACCCAUGACUCUACAGAUCUGAACGAAAAAGCUGGACAUACAGAGACAUCCUUUUAUACAUCCCUUGACCAUGCUCAAAACACACCUGAGAAAGACGAUGCAAUCAUGCAGAGUGACAAUACAGAAUACCAUCAAAAACCUAUCACUGAACUCGAUACAAUACAGGAAAGUUUUACAGAUGAGAAGGACACCUUUGAAAAGGAGCUCAAUGGUCUCUGUACAUUAAGGAAAAUAAGAUCUCAAUCAUUUCCCAGAUCUGAUUCCCUGAAAUCCUCAAGUUCACCAAAAGGACAAACCAAUGUUAAACGAUCAAAUUCACUUAAAGUAAACAAUCUCAGGAAGGCUGAUAGUCUCAGAUCUUUAGCCAUUACCAAAAGUGAAAGCAGCCGAAGCGUCAGAGUAAAUACCACAAAGAGAUCUAGAUAUUGUAAACUGUUUGGAACUAUUACAAUUGUCAUUGUCUGUUUCAUUGUCAUGUUUGCCCCAUUUAACAUUGCCAUCACAAUUGAUGUGUGGUGCCACUGUGUCCAUCCCUGGGUGUAUGAGGACAUACUAGCCGUUCUUUACUACAUGCAUUCCCUUGUCAAUCCUUACAUUUACAUGGCAACUGACCGGAGAUAUAAAGCUGCACUGAGGGUCAUGUGGACCAAAUUUCACACAAUUUUCUGGAAUAAACAGAAAUUAUAAAAAAACAUAUCUUUCAUAUGAUAAAUUGUUCUCAUCACUGUUAAAAAGUACUAAUUCAUUAAUCAAAACUGUUUCAAUAACAUCAUACAGUGUUAUAAAUUAGGAUUGUUUUAUGUAAUUUAUAAAAUCAAUUAAGUAUAUAUAUCACAACAUGUAAUGUUUUCUGAAUUCAUUAGAAAAAAAUAUGAAAAUAUUAUGUUUAAUGUUUUGUUAUAUUUGUUACAACUUUGUUAAAAAUAAA